GGCCUCCCCUUGAGCCCCUUCAGGAUAUCCUGUCAUUCGGCCAGGACAUAUAUACUAUUUAGAGGGGCCAAUUUCACCAAGAACCCUGGAUUUGACUCGGUCUAAAGGCAGGUUUCGCCUUUCUUCUGGUUGGAUCCAAGAAAAGGAAAGGAAAAAUUUAAAGGUAAACACUGAAAUGAGGAAGAAUCCGCUGGGACCUCAUCAAACUGAGUUAAAAUAGCUAAAUCAUCCUGACAGGUGUCUGGCGCAGAGUGGGAGCAGACAUUUCCUCGUCAUGCUACAACAUUUCUUAAUCUUUUUCCUGGCAUUGGUUGUACAAAAUUUCUGCUCCCCAGCUGAAAGCACAGAGCAGGCAAAAAGAUGUGAUAAGAAGUCUCUUCUAACAAUUAGGACCCAGUGCAAAUCCUGCACGUACAACUUUCAAGUCAAGUGCCCGGAUGGUUACACCAAGAUUACCAAUGGCUCUAUAGGGGUUCGAGAUUGCAGGUACAGCUUUGAGCUGAGGACAUACUCCCUGUCUCUCCCUGGAUGCCGCCAUAUUUGCAGGAAGGAUUAUCUCCAGCCUCAAUGUUGCCCAGGCCACUGGGGUCCAGACUGCAUGGAGUGCCCAGGAGGAGCGGCGUCCCCUUGCAAUGGCAGGGGCAGUUGUGCUGAAGGCAUGGAAGGAAACGGAACCUGCUCCUGCCAAGACGGGUUUGGUGGAACUGCCUGUGAAACCUGUGCUGAUGACUCCUUGUUUGGACCCAGCUGUUCCACAGUGUGCAAUUGUGUGCAUGGGGUGUGCAACAAUGGACCAGAUGGUGAUGGAACCUGUGAGUGCUACUCUGCAUACACUGGCCCCAACUGUGACAAGCCUAUUCCUAAGUGUGCAGCCUUGCUCUGCCCAGAAAAUUCCAGAUGUUCACCUUCCAGUGAAGAUGAAACCAAACUAGAAUGCAAAUGCCUUCCCAAUUACCAACAGGACGGCAAACACUGCCAGCCCAUCAAUCCAUGUUUACAAAAAGUCUGCCACCCUCGUGCUCUCUGCACAUACCUGGGACCAAACCAGCACAGUUGUGCAUGCCAAGAAGGCUACCACGGGGAUGGCCAGGUGUGCUUGCCGGUGGACCCCUGCCAAACCAGCUUUGGAAACUGCCCUAUAACAUCUACAGUGUGCAAGUAUGAUGGGCCUGGACAGUCUCACUGCGAGUGCAAGGAUCAUUACCACGGUUUUGUACCCGGAGUGGGGUGCACAUUGACCAAUAUCUGUGAGUCAAAUAACCCGUGUCAUAGGAAUGCAAACUGCACCACUGUUGCUCCAGGCCAAACCGAAUGCACUUGCCAGAAAGGUUACGUGGGCGAUGGCUCAGUGUGUUAUGGAAACAUUAUGGAGCGACUCAGAGAAUUAAACACUGAACCUGGAGGACAAUGGCAGGGAAGGCUGACAUUUUUCAUCACACUCCUGGACAAAGCUUACGCCUGGCCACUAAGUUACCUGGGACCGUUCACUGUGCUGUUGCCCACAGACAAUGGAUUGAAAGGCUUCAAUGUGAAAGAGCUUUUGAUGAAUAGUGGAGCUGCUCAGUUCUUUGUGAAACUCCACAUAAUCGCGGGGCAGAUGAGCACCAAACAAAUGAAUCACACACACACCUUCUACACCGUGACCGGCCAGUCAGGGGAAAUCAGCAACGAGGAUAAGGAUAAUCAACUAAAGCUUAGACUCUAUGGAAGCCAAAAGACGGUAAAAAUCAUACAGGGGGACAUAGUUGCUUCCAACGGGCUCCUGCACAUCCUCGACAGAGCCAUGGACAAGAUAGAGCCCACCUUCGAGAGCAACACUGAGCAAACCAUAAUGACAAUGCUACAGCCAAGAUACAGCAAGUUCAGAUCUUUGUUAGAGGAAACCAAUGUGGGACACGCCUUAGGUGAAGAUGGAGUUGGUGGACCCUACACCAUUUUUGUUCCAAGUAAUGAAGCACUGAAUAAGAUGGGCAGCACUCUCCAUUAUCUCCUUUCUCCAGAGGGAUCUCGGAAGCUUCUGGAACUUGUCAGAUACCACAUUGUCCCAUUUACCCAGCUUGAAGUGGCCACUCUCGUCUCAGCCCCUCGCAUUCGGAGCAUGGCCAACCAGAUCAUACAGUUUAACACCGCCAGCAACGGACAGAUUCUGGCAAAUGAUGUGGCAAUAGAAGAAACAGAGGUUGCUGCCAAAAAUGGCCGAAUUUACACACUAGCUGGAGUUCUCAUUCCCCCGUCCAUCGUGCCAAUUCUGCCCCACCGAUGUGAUGAGACCCGUCAGGAAAUGAAACUGGGCACUUGCGAGAGCUGUUCCCUACGGUCCCGGAGCAAAUGUCCUGCUAACUCCUAUCCCGUACCACUCUUCACACAGAGAUGUGUCUACAGGAGCAUAUACAGGAGCCUGAAGACUGGCUGUGCCCGGUACUGUAAUGCCACCGUGAAGAUACCAAAAUGCUGCAAAGGCUUCUAUGGGCCCGAUUGCAACCAAUGUCCAGGAGGCUUCUCCAAUCCAUGCUCCGGAAAUGGACAGUGUGCAGAUGGCCGCCGUGGCAACGGGACGUGCAUUUGUGAGGAUGGAUUCCAAGGCUCACAGUGUCAGUUCUGCUCCGAUCCCAAUAAAUAUGGACCUCGCUGUGGCAAAAAAUGUCUCUGUGUUCACGGGACGUGUGACAACAGGAUAGACAGUGACGGGGCCUGCCUCACUGGCACGUGCAGAGACAGCUCUGCUGGGAGAUUCUGUGACAAGCAGACAUCAGCCUGUGGGCCCUACAUCCAGUUCUGUCACAUCCAUGCCACCUGUGAAUACAGCAAUGGGACAGCCAGCUGUAUCUGCAAAGCAGGGUAUGAAGGAGAUGGAGUUGUCUGUUCCAAGAUGGAGCCUUGCAUGGGAUUAACUCCCGGGAGCUGUAGCCGCAAUGCAGAAUGCAUCAGGACUGGCCUGGGCACCCACACCUGCGUGUGUCAGCAGGGAUGGACAGGGAACGGGAGAGACUGUGCGGAGAUCAACAACUGCCUGCUGCCCGGCGCGGGCGGCUGCCAUGAAAACGCCACCUGCUUGUACGUAGGCCCUGGCCAGAAUGAAUGUGAAUGCAAGAAAGGAUUUCAAGGGAAUGGGAUUGACUGUGAACCCAUAACUUCCUGUUUGGGACAAAUUGAAAGAUGCCAUCCACUGGCAAGCUGUCAGUUUACUUCUGGCAUCUGGAGCUGCGUUUGUCAAGAGGGCUAUGAAGGAGACGGCCUUCUGUGCUACGGGAAUGUGGCAGUGGAAAUGUCAUUUCUCGCCGAAGCAGCUCUAUUUAACCAGUGGAUAAAAAAUGCAUCUCUGCAGCCCACACUGUCAGUCGCCUCCAACCUUACUGUCCUCGUGCCUUCCCGACAAGCCACUGAGGACAUGGACCAGGACAAGAAAUCCUUCUGGUUGUCACGGAGCAAUAUCCCAGCCCUAGUAAAGUACCAUACACUUCUAGGCAAGUACACAGUGGCCGAUCUGCAGACCCUGUCAUCUUCUGACCUGUUGGCAACAUCUUUGCAAGGCAGCUUCCUUCACCUGGCAAAGGUGGACGGGAAUAUCACCAUCGAAGGGGCAUCCAUCGUGGAUGGUGACAACGUGGCCACAAAUGGAGUGAUACACAUCAUCAGCAAGGUUCUGGUCCCCCAAAGAGGUGUAACUGGCUCCUUACCAAACCUGCUCACCCGGCUGGAGCAGAUGCCUGACUAUUCCAUCUUCCGGGGCUACAUCAUUCACUAUAACCUGGCAAGUGCAAUCGAGGCUGCCAAUGCUUACACGGUGUUUGCUCCAAACAACAAUGCCAUCGAGAAUUACACGAGGGAGAAGAAGAUCUCCACUCUAGAGGAGGACAUACUGCGGUACCACGUGGUCCUGGAGGACAAGCUCCUGAAGAACGACCUGCACAACGGCAUGCACCGGGAGACCAUGCUGGGCUUCUCCUUCCUCUUGGGCUUCUUUGUCCACAAUGAGCAGCUCUACGUAAAUGAGGCACCAGUAAACUACACCAACGUAGCCACUGACAAGGGAGUGAUCCACGGCUUGGGGAAAGUUCUGGAAAUUCAGAAGAAUAGAUGUGAUAAUAAUGAGACUAUUAUUGUACGAGGAAAAUGUGGGAAGUGUCCCCAGCUACCAGUCUGCCCACUUGGAACUAAACCACUAGGCAAUGAGACGACGAAAUGUAUCUAUACCAUUUAUUUCCUGGGGAAACGAUCUGUGUUUAUUGGGUGCCAGCCAAAAUGUGUGAAAACUGUCAUUACGAGGGAAUGCUGUGCCGGCUUCUUCGGUCCCCAGUGCCAGGCCUGCCCAGGGAAAGCCCAGAACGCCUGCCUGGGUAACGGCAUCUGCCUGGACGGAGUGAACGGCACGGGCAUGUGUGAGUGCGGGGCGGGCUUCAGUGGCACGGCGUGCGAGACCUGCGCGGAGGGCAAGUACGGCAUCCACUGCGACCAAGCCUGUCCUUGUGUCCACGGGAAAUGCAACCAGGGACCCUCGGGUGACGGCUCCUGCGAAUGUGACGUUGGCUGGCGAGGAGUGAAAUGCGACAAUGAGAUCACAACAGACAAUUGCAAUGGGACGUGCCACACCAGCGCCAACUGCCUUCCCAAUCCCGAUGGCACAGGCUCGUGCAAGUGUGCAGCAGGAUUCCAAGGCAACGGCACGGUCUGCACAGCAAUCAACGCCUGUGAGAUCAGCAACGGGGGAUGCUCUGCCAAGGCUGACUGUAAGAGAACCACCCCAGGAAGCCGGACCUGUGUGUGCAAGGCAGGCUACACGGGCGACGGCAUCGUGUGUCUGGAAAUCAACCCGUGUCUGGAGAACCAUGGCGGCUGUGACAGGAAUGCAGAGUGCACGCAGACAGGACCCAACCAGGCCGUCUGUAACUGUCUGCCACUGUACACUGGAGAUGGGAAGGUCUGCACGCUCAUCAAUGUCUGCUUAACUAAAAAUGGUGGCUGUAGUGAAUUUGCCAUCUGCAGUCACACCAGCAAAGAAGGAAGAACUUGUACUUGCAAGCCAAACUACAUUGGAGAUGGGCUUACCUGCCGUGGCAGCAUCUAUCAGGAGCUUCCCAAGAACCCAAAAACCUCUCAGUAUUUCUUCCAGUUGCAGGAGCAUUCUCUGAAAGACCUGGUGGGCCCAGGCCCCUUCACAGUUUUUGCUCCCUUGUCUGCAGCCUUUGAUGAGGAAGCCCAGAUUAAAAACUGGGACAAACAGGGCCUAAUGUCCCAGGUUCUCCGGUACCACAUGGUCUCCUGCCACCAGCUGCUUCUGGAAAACCUGAAAAUGACCCCAAAUGUUACCUCUCUCCAAGGGGAGCCAAUCUUUAUCUCUGUCUCUCAGGGUACAGUGUAUUUAAACAAUAAGGCUAUGAUUAUAUCUAGUGAUAUCAUCAGCACUAAUGGAAUCAUCCAUAUCAUAGACAGAGUGCUGUCUCCCAAAAAUUUGGUUAUCACUCCCAAAGAUGCCUCUGGAAGGAUCCUGCAAAAUCUUACAACGUUGGCAAUAAACCAAGGCUACCUCAAAUUUAGCAACUUAAUACAGGACUCAGGUUUACUGAGUGUCAUCACAGAUCCCAUCCACACCCCGGUCACUCUCUUCUGGCCCACGGACCACGCCCUCCAAGGCCUCCCCACUGAGCAACAGGACUUUCUGUUCAGUGAAGAGAACAAGGACAAGCUGAGGGAGUAUUUGAAGUUCCAUGUGAUCCGAGAUUCCGAGGUUUUAGCUGUGGACCUUCCCAGAUCUGUCUGGAGGACAUUGGAAGGUUCUGAGCUAAAUGUGAAGUGUGGAACUGCCAGUAACAUUGGAGAGCUCUUUCUCAAUGGCCAAACAUGCAGAAUUGUGCAGCGGGAGCUCUUGUUUGACCUGGGUGUGGCCUAUGGCAUUGACUGUCUGCUGAUGGAUCCCACCCUGGGGGGCCGCUGUGACGUCUACAGUGCUUUCGAUGUUUCGGGCAAUUGUGGGAGCUGUAUUAAUACCCCCAGCUGCCCAGGGUGGAGUAAACCAAAGGGCAUGAAGCAGAAGUGUGUUUACCACCUGUCCUUCAAGAGGAACCUGGAGGGCUGCCAGCAGCAGUGCAGCCUGGUGCUGCGGAUCCCCGGGUGCUGCAAGGGCUACUUCGGGCCCAACUGUCAGGCCUGCCCCGGAGGACCGGAUACCCCAUGCAACAACCAGGGUGUCUGCCUCGAUCAGUACUCAGCCCUGGGGAAAUGUAAAUGCAACACUGGCUUCAACGGGACGGCGUGCGAGCUGUGCUGGCCGGGCAGAUUCGGGCCUGACUGUCAGCCCUGUAGCUGCUCAGAACAUGGACAGUGUGAUGAUGGAAUCACAGGCUCUGGGCAGUGCCUCUGUGAAACAGGGUGGACAGGCCCCUUCUGCAACACUCAGGCAGUUCUACCUCCUGUGUGCACACCCCCUUGCUCUGCUCAUGCCACCUGUAAGGAGAACAACACAUGUGAGUGUGACCUGAAUUACGAAGGGGAUGGAAUCACGUGCACAGUGGUGGAUUUCUGCAGUCAGAACAACGGGGGCUGUGCGAAGGCUGCCAAGUGUUCACAGAAGGGCGUAAAAGUGUCCUGCAGCUGCCAGAAGGGCUAUACAGGGGACGGCCAUAUCUGCACAGAGAUAGAUCCCUGUGCGGACGGCCUCAAUGGGGGGUGUCAUGAGCAUGCCACCUGCAAGAUGACAGGCCCGGGCAAGCACCGGUGUGCGUGUAAAAAUCACUACGUGGGAGACGGGCUGGACUGUGAGCCGGAGCAGCUGCCGAUCGACAGAUGCUUACAGGACAACGGGCAGUGCCAUGCAGACGCCGACUGUGCUGACCUCCACUUCCAAGAUGCCACUGUAGGAGUGUUCCAUCUACGCUCCCCACUGGGCCAGUACAAGCUGACCUUUGACAAAGCCAGGGAGGCCUGUGCCAAGGAAGCUGCAACCGUAGCAACAUACAACCAGCUCUCCUAUGCCCAGAAGGCCAAGUACCACCUCUGUUCAGCAGGCUGGCUGGAGAGCGGGCGGGUUGCCUACCCUACCGCCUUUGCCUCCCAGAAGUGUGGGUCGGGUGUUGUUGGGAUAGUGGACUAUGGAAUCAGAGCCAACAAGAGUGAAAUGUGGGAUGUCUUCUGCUAUCGGAUAAAAGAUGUGAACUGCACCUGUAAAGUGGGCUAUGUGGGAGACGGCUUCUCAUGCAGUGGGAACCUGCUGCAGGUCCUGAUGUCCUUCCCCUCACUCACAGACUUCCUGAAGGAGGUGCUGGCCUAUUCCAACAGCUCAGCCAGAGGCCGGGCAUUUCUGGAUCACCUGACCGACCUGUCCAUCCGCAGCACCCUCUUUGUGCCACAGAACAGUGGGCUGGGAGAAAAUGAGACCCUGUCCGGGCGGGACAUUGAACACCACCUUGCCAAUGUCAGCAUGUUUUUUUACAACGACCUUGUCAAUGGUACCACCCUGCACACUAGGCUGGGAAGCCAGCUGCUCAUCACCUCCAGCCAGGACCCUCUUCAUCUGAAGGAGACCAGGUUCGUUGAUGGAAGAGCCAUCCUGCAGUGGGACAUCUUUGCCUCCAAUGGAAUCAUUCAUGUAAUUUCCAGGCCUUUAAAAGCACCCCCUGUCCCAGUGACUUCGACCCACACCAGCCUGACGAUAGGGAUGGGCUUUGUCGUCACCCUGGCAAUUGGAGUCAUUGCUUACUCUGUUUAUUACUUUCGGCGAAACCAGACACCAAUUCGUUUCCAGCAUUUUGAGUCGGAAGAGGACAUUACAGCUCUUGACAAGCCUGAGACUAUCUCGAACCUCAUGUAUGAGAGCACCACCUCAGCUCCCCCAGAACCUUCCUAUCACCCUUUUGUGGACUCUGAUGAACAGCAGCUCGAGGGCAGCGACCCGUUGGGGGCAUUGUGAGACCCAGGACAUGAGAAGUCAACCAUCACCCACUGUAUUCUGGGCCCAUGGAGCCUCUUCACACCGGCUGUCUGCUGUGAAUUCCCAGCACCAGCAGCCUUUGGGAAUCUCAGGUCCUUUGACAUUUUAAAGUAUGAAGCACUCAAAAGCCAUACCUCAUCUCUUGGUUAAUCUGGGAGUUUUAUUUCUGCGGGUGGAGGGCCAUGUUACUACGUCCAUGCAGGGGGACUUCUCCCUCCUCUGACCCUCCACUGUUCUCCCUUUACCCCUCAGAUGGCCUCUGGCCACACUCUGCCCCACCCUGUGGCCAACUGUGACCUUGUCUUACUUUCCUGUUAGAUUGUAAGCUCCCAGAGACAGAGCUGGCCUUGCUCAUGUUUGUAUCUCAGUCCCUAACCCAGUGCCUGGCACGUGGAGUGUGCUCAAUAAAUGUUUAUGGAAUAGAAAUAAAA